CCCUUUAUUUACUUUUUAAACCCUGGGUGAAACGGCAAAAGAAGAGUUUUUAAAUCAAAUAAGGUAUAAAAUCUCAUGUUUGAGGCUUAAUUUAACCAAAUGUCUCUGCUUGCAGGUUUUGCGGCGCAGUGAUAUUCAGCGUCGUUUGACUGACUGGGCAGUUUCUGGGUUCGAGGCUCGGAUAAGUCGGGCUGUCAGUCGAGGUUCGGAGCUGUGAGCAGGGCUCUGCCAGGUCUUGCGGCAUGCAGAGUCUAUCCGUGCAGGCGCUAACCCUGCGACAGCUGGGGCGACUGAACUCUCUCCAGCUGCUGUCGCCGUGGUGCCCACGGACGCUGCACGCCCGCCAGCUGUGGGGCUCGGCCGCCCCUUUGGCUCAGCGGUCAGCGGCGCUGACCAAACCAUGGGACGGACCACGGAGCUGGAUGCUCCAACAGACGCGGCUCAAGAGCUCCAGAAAGAAAGGCAGGCACGGAGCCGCUCAGGAGGAAGAGGAGGAGGACGAAGAUGACGAGGAGGCUAGCGACUAUGAGGAUGAACUUCAGGAUGACCCCGGCCUGCCUAAAGACUACAAAGACUCUGAGAAAGUAGUUCAGUCCUUCCGCUUUGACCUCAUUAUGAAGGCUGGGCUGGACAUCCCUAGACAUAAAAUUGAGGACGCUUUCUACGACAACAAGCUGAGACUGAACGGACAGAAGCUUGUAAAGAAGAAUAAAAUUGUAAAAGUGGGAGAUACGCUGGACCUGAUCAUGGGAGAGGACAAAGAGCUGGACACGGUCAUACUAAAGAGAGUCAUUCUGAAGAAAGUGUUGGGGGAAACCAAGGACGGAGACAAACAGAAGGUCAUAGUGAGGAGCUGGAAACAUCUCCGACUUCCCAAACAGGAGACCUACAAGGAAUAAAAGUUGCCUGUGAACAGAUUUUUGGGUUGUGGCAGUUAAAAUGAAAAUUUGUACCACGUGUCGCUCCAGUUACGUAUGAAAUUAGUAUAAAAGGACACGAGAACAUUUUUACCAGGAGUAAUUUUUGCUUUUCAGCACAACCUUAAUCUUCCAGCUGCCUUGUUACAGAGUUUCUCACAAAACUGCAGCUUCACCAGGAAUUUUAGGCUCUUCUGUUCCUAAUAUAAUGCCGAAAUCUGAUCAUG